CUGCACCUGUACAUCUUGGCGUGGUGUUGAAGUUACAAUUUAAUGGGAAAAGGGCCAGAUAAUAAGGCAAGGAUGGGACAAGUGAUUGUAUAACACAACAUAUUUGAUGUGUGGGCUUCAUUUUCCUCAGAUGACAAGGGCCAACUUCUGUGAGUGAAUGUGGCCUGGUGCUCUGAAAGGUUUGGAAAUGCACUUGGCAAAAGUAUAGAGAAAAGAAGGAAUGGAUGAAAACGUUAUUAGAGAGUUAAUCUAACUUUAAUUAUAUAAUUAAGGAGAAUACUAAUUAAUGCUUCUCUUUCCAUGUACAUUGGCCUUAAGGCAAAAACAUUAUCUCAACACGUUCCAGUUUUUUUUUUUUCCUUUUUCUUUUUUUAAUCUCAGUAAGCCGCUGUAUUUCAAUGUCUACUUCCAACUCAAGAAAUAGUAGCAGUGAUCUGUUCCUCCUCAUUUCAUGUGCACUAGAGGUACUUGACCCAGGGCUUGUGUGUUGCUUGAGCAAAGAAAAAUAGCCAAUAAAAAAGACUACUGUUAGGGAGAUCACCUUAUCUAAACCACCAUUCCCAUUUUUCAAAGUACACUUUAAGCACAGGCAGCUCUGCAUUUCUUCUUCCUAAUCAUACUGGGUUAGAGGGAUGACUUAAAUGAGCACAACGCUGGAAGUUAAAGCAAGAAAAAAAAAGUCUGCCAGGUAGGUUAUUUAUCUCCUUGCGUAAAAGGUGUUAUUACUUUGGCGAGAAGGCACAACUGGAAGAUGAAGUCAGUUAUAUAUAAGCAUAUAGCCCAGUGCUUUGAGUGGAGUACAUGAGAGCGCUGGGAAACGCGGCUCCAAUCACUACCGCUGUUCCUGGCUCAAUUUCCCUGGCUGACGUCAGCUGACUGCCUUGGCUCUCUCCACUCUCCGCUCCUCCGGACACAGCGCCGCGUAAAAAUGCUGCUCUCUAUGACGACAAGGACAGGAAUCAACCCUUACAACAGCUACAACAGCAAAAACACCAAGAAGGUAAAUAACGACACCACCGGCCACUUCUAUCGCGUCUUUCUCAAACAGACAUAUGUGUCCCCGUCCAAUCAUCAGAUGGCUCCUCCAAGCCCCAACAACACCAACAACAGCAACACCACCACCAUUAGCAAUGGCAGCAGUAACAGCAGCAGCGGGGGAGAGCAGCUGAGCAAAACCAACCUUUAUAUCCGUGGCCUCCACCCAGGAACCACAGACCAGGAUCUGGUCAAACUCUGUCAGCCGUAUGGGAAAAUUGUGUCCACGAAGGCCAUCUUGGACAAGACUACAAACAAAUGCAAAGGCUAUGGCUUUGUUGACUUUGAUAGCCCAGCCUCGGCUCAGAAGGCAGUGACGGCACUGAAGGCUGGCGGAGUGCAGGCUCAGAUGGCCAAGCAACAGGAACAAGACCCCACCAACCUGUACAUCUCCAACUUGCCGCUGUCAAUGGACGAGCAGGAGCUGGAGAACAUGCUGAAGCCCUUCAGUCAGGCCAUUUCCACACGUAUCCUCCGUGACGCCAAUGGAACCAGCCGAGGAGUGGGCUUUGCCAGGAUGGAGUCGACAGAAAAAUGUGAGGCCAUCAUCCAGCAUUUCAAUGGGAAAUAUAUCAAGACUCCACCUGGAGUUCAAGCACCGUCAGAACCCCUGCUGUGUAAAUUUGCUGAUGGAGGCCAGAAGAAGCGCCAGAGCCAGGGGAAAUAUCUGCAGAAUGGUCGGCCCUGGACAAGAGAUGGAGAGACUGGAGGAAUGACCCUCACCUAUGACCCAACUACAGCCUUACAGAAUGGGUUUUACUCCUCUCCCUAUAGCAUUACACCCAAUCGGAUGAUUGGACCAACCUCCCUUUCCCCAUAUAUGCAUCCACCUGUGUCCACCUAUCAGGUACACAACCCGUCCUGGAUACAUCACCAGUCAUACAUAAUGCCACCCACAGGAGCUGUCCUGACACCUGGGAUGGACCACACCAUGUCCAUCCAGCCAGCAUCAAUGAUGGGGCCUCUAACACAGCAGCUCAGUCACCUCUCUAUGGGCAGCAGUGGUACAUAUAUGCCUGCAAACACAUCUAUGCAGGGGACCUACAUACCCCAGUACACCCAAGUGCCUGCCACCAGCAUCUCAGUUGAGGAAAGUGCCGUCCAACAACCUGUUGCCAUAGAGACACCAACAGAACAUGCAACCUACUCUUACCAGCAUAACAAGUAAAGAGAUCUUCAUCUGGGGCCCGACUGACUCUUGAGGGGUCCCAAAAGCUGAUAUUCCCUGUGUGAAGAACUAGACACUCCAGGAACACAAACUGUUCCACACAAAGGACAAAAAACAAAGAUAUUUUCUAUGAACUCAGAUUUUAAAACAGACUCUUUUACUUCAGACAAGCAAAGCUGGAGGACAGCAGACAGCGGGGAAAUGGAAGAAUGGAACAAUGAGCAUCUAUUUUGAUAAUGGUCAAGAAAAGUUCAAAAAGCUUUUAAAUGUGUAGUGUAUGAUCAUUGAUCAUAUUCUUUUUUUUUUUUUUUCUCUCUCUCUCUUCAAAACACUACUCCGGGGAGCAAGGAUGAAACCAGGAAAAGAACAUUUCAACACCAUAUUUUAGGUCAUGUUCUGUUUUUGUAAGAUAUGCAGUUGUUUUUUGUUUUUUGUUUUUAAAAAAAAUGUUCUCCUUUUUGACUGAUGCUUUCAGACUUUGAACCUGCCUUUUUGUAAAUAGUUCUUUGGUUAUUUUUGUGUGUGUUUCUAGCCUCGUCCAAUUGAUUGAUUGGUGCAAAUAUUCGGAAGCAGAAAAACUGAAGUCCUUUAGAAAAAGCUGAUAUUGUAAGACGGAUACGGUGCUGACAUCGAUUAGCUUUUUUCUCUCAGAAAGGCAGCAAGUUUGUCAGGUAUGAAACCUUACCUGAAGCAGUUUCAAUUAAUUUUUUUGGCACUUAAAUAUAUAUAUUAAAAAAAAAAAAAAAAAAAAAAGUUUAGUUCCAACAGUCUAAACAAAGCUGCAGACAAUCAGAAAAUUACACAGAAGAGAACAUUUUAAGCUGAUGUUCGUUGCCGACAUAUUUCACAGAGUGGACUUCUUUAAAAGAGAUGACUAGAUUUGAAGCAUUCCAGUUGUUGUUAUCCGAGAGUUUUAAAUAUCGAUUCACUUUGAGCUGCUUCACGCAAUGAAAUCCAAAGUUGUUUAACAGGGAUACCGUCUCACCCAGAGCUGCCUGUAAAUAGAUUUAAAUGUAUUCAGACUUUCUCUUGACUUCCUUCUUACAUGUGAUGUAAUGCGUCAGUUAUUUUAAUAACAACAUUAGAACAUGGCAUACAAAACAAUGUAUGUGUUGCUGUCGUCCCCCCCCCUCUUUUUUUUUUUUUUUUUUUUUUUAAAGUAAACAAGGAUGCAGAUUUUUCCCUGAAUCCCAAAAAAUCUAAUUUUCUGAAGCGGGAAUGAAAUGUUGUUAUUAAAGUAUAAAGAUGUAAUUACACAGACAUGGAGAUUAACUGGUGACGCAUGAAUCUGUCCUGUUAUAUCUGCAGAAAACACUACUUAGGUGAUUCAUAACGGCCAGGCUAUGGAUGCUUUGAAACUGGCCAUUGCUGUGUGUUUGCAAUCUUCUUCUGCAUUUCUGGUUUUUACCGUCAUGUUUUGUUUUUUGUUCUUAAACAUUAUUUAAAGGUUUCUUUUUUUUUUUUUUUAAAUUCAGUUUGAAAACUUUUAAGAUUGAUCUUAUUUUUCAAAGAAGCUUUGAUUUUUAUUUUUGAUAGUGUGUUGUGUGCUUCAUAGUGAGAAAUAGAUGUUUUCACUUUUUUUUUUCUCUGUGUUUGCGUACUUGCUUUGUUGUGGUUUCAGUGUUGAUGUCAAAGAGGCUUUAAUAUUUCAGUUCUGUCAGUGUCACCAGUGUUGGCACUUUUAGACAUAACUUCUCAUGAUGGAUGAAAUAUGUAUGCUAGGUUCAGAUGCAUUGUUACAGAGUUGCACCGCACGCAGUUGGGAUCGGUGUAAGAGCAAUUUAUGUUGAAAACCUUGACUUACCUCAUCCUGCCAGAGCGAUGUAGAUUCAGUUUGUGUUCAAUGUUCACAGGCAAUAACCAACUACAGUAGGUCUCAUGGCUGAUCACAGCUGGUACUGUGUCCACAUCCUUUAACUCUUCCGUCCACUGUUUGGAAAACAUGCCCCAAGGUCUGUUGAUCUAUGCAAUUAAUUUAUUGUCCUUACAAAUGCAAUAGUACAAAUAUCCAAGAGACACCUCGUGUUACGACAGUGGAUCACCUCACAGUGACUUUAUAUUCUGGCUGACGUGGCUUUUCUUUUUUCAUUUUAAAUAAUAUUUGUUUGGUUUUUGUGACACAUUUGUCUAUGGUUCAUUAAUUGUUAGCAGAAUUGCAACAUCGAAAGGGAACUUUUUCAUACCAAAAUGCGGUUGUUUUAAUAUGACUGUAGGAAAAGUAAGAACUCCUAAAAUAAAUAAAUAAAUAUGGCUGAUUUUUUUUUUUUUUUUUUUUUUUUCCCCCCCAUAUGUUUUGAAGGCACGUUGCCACUUUUUGUUUAGUUUAGUUUAAACACAGGCACCAUAGCAUUGUUUUUCAUCAUUCCACUCAUUUUCGACUUUUACGGUUUGGAUAAAUAUUGUCCUAUCUAGUUCUUUCUUAGCUGUUACUUGUUUUCCUCCUCUUUAACCACAAAACCUUUUAUUUCCAGGUGACAAAUAAACCUCACAGAAAUGCCUUAGAUUUCACUGGAAGGGAGUGUGAAGUGCUACUCAGCUGUGUUGGGCUUUAUCUCUGACUGGAAUUGUUUUCAUGCACUGCAAACUGUUGAAGUUUUUCUUUUUUUAAACUCCUUGAGAUACUAGAUCUAUGAAGCAAAGGAAUGUUUAAAUGCUGAUUCACUAUUGUGUGUUUACCAUUCCAUGAUUUUAAUCCAAAUAUAUUGAAGACAAAAAAAAAAAAAAUGAAUUGUGGCUUAUUGCUGCUAAUUUUGAAAUUAUGUCAUCUGAAGGUCAUUUAAUAUAUCAAGUCAAAAAUGGGAUCAGUUUUGUAAACAGUUCAUCAGUGUCCAUGAAGUUUUCUGUUCAUUGUGUGCAUCAACCUCUCCUUGGUUAAGUGUUUGUGCCAUGAUGCAGGGUUUUUUGUUUUUUUUCCUUCAUAGAAAAGAAAUCCCUUCAGUUUUUAAACUUUCAUCCUGGUUUGAUUUUUGAACUUGCCAUUUUUUUUUUUAAUAAAUUUUUUUUUUUCACUGUGA